CACCAACACGCUGUAUUCUCACACGUUGCUCCAUCCUCACAAUGGAUCAACUCUGCACGAGGUGUGCGAGACUGAGUCUCAUAUCCCCACGCAGGACCUCAUCACUAGCCUCCACGAGCAUCACUCGAAGAUUUUCCUCUGGGCGCAUGCUGUGCGCUGAAGACAAUUCAAAACCACCUCCAAACCGAACACCUUCUUCGGGUCCGCGUAUCAUCCGAGAAUUUGUGAACCCAUCAGCCAAAAACUCCAGCCAAGGUGCCGGCCCUCCACGCGUCCUCCGCCAAACAGGAUCACCCGUCCAGCGCGGCACACUCCUCCGCCGAAAUGGUGCAGGCCCAUCUCGUCUCCAGGGUGCGGCUACCGGCCAAAACGAAAGAUCUUCCACUCCGCCAGGCCCCAUACUUCGACGCACCGGAGCUCCUCGCACCGGCCCAUCAACCCAACGACCUCAGCGUUUUCAACCUGGGACCGCUCGAGCGGCGGGUGCCACGGGCCCCAAAAUCGACAAACGCAUCCGACGCCGCGACCAACGCACUGCUAGAAAAGCCGCCGAAGAAGACGAAGACGAGCUCGACAUCGAGGAGAAAGUCGGGCACUAUAUCAACACGGUGAUCGAUCCCCCUCCCAACCCGACCGAAGAAAUCAUCCACAAGCCCGGGCAGGACAUGUCUAUCGAGUCAUUGCGCGCCGACUGGCCGAACACACCCUUAUCCGCGACCGGUCUGACCGAGACAGUCCAGCAGCGCAUCGAAUGGCUCGCGCACCGCCUUCCGCAUGGAUACCAGACGCCUCAGCAGCUCGCGGAGCGGUAUGUCAAGGGCUACUUCACGCGGUUCGAGUCCGAAGAGGAGAAGAAAGAAGUGGUCCAUCUGGCCGAGGAGAUGGCGCAGAAGCGUGCGGACGAGAUCACAGAACGCAAGAAUGUUGAGGUCAAGCCGAGGGAUAUGUCCUUCGACGAUGUUGUUUCACGUCAAGCAGAGCGCCAGGGUCUGGCCGAUACCUAUGUCAGGGGCAAGUACGCGGAAGUUCAGAAGCAGAAGAUGCCGUUCUUGGAUCAUGUCGUGGAGAACCUGAACAACAACGUAACCUACAAGGGGCCGGAGACAGACCAGUUCAUGCAGACGGUUCAGAAAUUGAUGGCUGCGGGACGUCCUGGACAGGCUCAAAAAGGUGCUUGAAGAUGGAUCGCUGCACUGUUGAUAAGCCAUAAGCCUCUCGAAGCAUGGCAUGAGCCGUGUUCGCUUGACGUAGUCGCCUAAGGGUUCGGGUCGGAAGUAAUGGACCUAAUUCAUGUAUUCUCUAAAGAAAGACAGUACUUUCUCUUUCCAACCUGGUUGAGAACGCUCCAUAUGCAAACCAC